CUGUCAAAACAAACGGAGCCUCGGUGUGCAAACCAUUUUCGAUUAUUAUAUUCAUAUCUUUUGAAAAAAAAAAAAUUAUUCAUACCAUCUACAUCUUCAAACAAAACCCUAGAAAUUCAAAUUUCAAACUUCUUCAAAGCCAUAUACCUCCAUUUUUUUCUGCAACACAAACAACCAACUAAAAAUGGAUUGGAACCCAGAAAUCGUCCACUUUCUCUCUCAAACCUUCCUCGACACUCUCUCUCCUCUCCCGGAACCCCGCCGUCGCGCCGAGUCCACCCUCUCCUCCGCCUCAGACCGCCCCAACUACGCCCUCGCCGUCCUCCGCCUCCUCGCCGAACCCUCCGUCGACGACCCAAUCCGCCACUCCGCCGCCGUCAACUUCAAGAACCACCUCCGUUCACGGUGGUCCUCCGAUUCGCCAACGCUAUCUCCGAUUCCAGACUCCGAGAAGGAUCAAAUCAAGGCCCUGAUUGUCCCUCUCAUGCUCUCUUCUGCUCCGAAAAUCCAAUCCCAGCUCAGUGAAGCCCUAGCUGUGAUUGGCAAGCACGAUUUUCCGAAAUCGUGGCCCGCUCUGCUUCCGGAGCUCAAAUCGAGUCUUGAUAAAGCAGGUGAGACCUCUGAUUAUUCGACUGUUAAUGGAAUUCUCAGCACUUUGAAUUCAAUUUUUAAGAAAUUCAGAUACCAGUACAAAACCAACGAUUUGUUACUUGAUUUGAAGUACUGUCUCGAUAAUUUCGCCGAACCACUAUUGAAAAUCUUGAAGCGAACCGCCACUUUAAUCGAUAAUGUGGCGAGUUCGGGUGGGCAAGCUGUGACCUUGCGGCCUCUCGUUGAGUCGCAGAGGUUGUGUUGUAGAAUUUUUUAUUCUUUGAAUUUUCAAGAAUUACCCGAGUUUUUUGAGGAUCAUAUGGGGGAAUGGAUGAGUGAGUUUCAAAAAUAUCUUAUUGUGAAGUACCCUGCACUUGAAGAUGGUGGUGGGGAUGGACUUGCGCUCGUUGAUGGGCUGCGAGCGGCUGUUUGUGAGAAUUUAAGCCUUUACAUGGAAAAGAAUGAGGAAGAGUUUCAGGGGUACUUGGGUGGGUUUGUGGAAGCUGUUUGGAAUCUCCUUGUGGCCACUUCUCCAUCUUCUAAUCGGGAUAGGUUAACUGUGACUGCAAUCAAGUUCUUAACCACGGUCAGUGUGAGCGUUCACCACACUUUGUUUGCGAGGGAUGAAAUUUUACAGCAGAUUUGUGAGAGUAUUGUCAUCCCGAAUGUGAUGUUAAGGGAGGAGGAUGAGGAGUUGUUUGAAAUGAAUUUUGUUGAGUUCAUUAGACGGGACAUGGAAGGGAGUGAUCUCGAUACAAGGAGGAGGAUUGCUUGUGAACUUCUGAAGGGAAUUGCAACAAAUUACAAAGAAAAGGUGACUGAAAAAGUUUCCAGUCAGAUACAGAGUAGUUUGGCAUUGUUUGCUCAAAAUCCAGCUGUGACUUGGAAGCAUAAGGAUUGUGCUAUUUAUUUGGUUGUCUCUCUUGCAACAAAAAAGGCGGGUGGUACCUCAGUCUCAACUGAUCUGGUAGAUGUUGAGAGUUUUUUCAGAUCAGUUAUUGUGCCGGAGUUACAAAAUCAAGAUGUGGAUGGGUUUCCGAUGCUGAAGGCUGGUGCUUUGAAGUUCUUCACUAUGUUUAGGAAUCAGAUCUCAAAACCCAUUGCAAUGGCAUUGAUUCCGGAGGUUGUUCGCUUCCUUGGCUCAGAGUCUAAUGUGGUUCAUUCUUAUGCUGCAACUUGUAUUGAGAAACUCUUGUUGGUCAAGGAUGAUGGGGGAAGAGCAAGAUAUACAUCAUCAGACAUCAGCCCGUUUUUACCUGUGUUGAUGACCAACCUUUUCAGUGCCUUGGGGAGGCCAGAAUCCGAGGAGAAUCCAUAUGUAAUGAAGUGUAUCAUGAGGGUUCUUGGAGCUGCAGACAUUUCUCGUGAGGUUGCUUCACCCUGCAUCAGUGGCCUGACUUCUAUUCUCAACAAAGUGUGUGAGAACCCGAAAAAUCCUAUCUUUAAUCACUAUCUGUUUGAGGCAGUGGCUAUUCUCGUCAGGCGGUCCUGUGAGAAGGACCCUUCUCUUGUGUCAGCCUUUGAAGGAAGCCUUUUUCCCAGCCUCCAAUUGAUUUUAGCCAGAGAUGUAACUGAAUUCUUCCCCUAUGCAUUCCAGUUGCUGGCUCAGCUUGUUGAAUUAAAUAGACCCCCGAUACCACAACACUACAUGCAGAUCUUUGAGAUUCUAUUGUUGCCUGAUUCAUGGAAAAAAUCAGGAAAUGUCCCAGCCCUUGUGCGCUUGCUUCAGGCUUUCCUUCAGAAGGCACCCCAUGAGCUUAACCAGGAGGGGAGGUUGACGCAGGUGCUGGGUAUAUUCAAUAAGCUUGUUUCAUCUCCUCGCACAGACGAACAGGGAUUUUAUGUGCUUAAUACAAUUAUUGAGAACCUUGGAUAUGAUGUGAUGGCACCUUAUGUGGGCCACAUAUGGGCUUCCCUAUUUACACGGCUCCAAAAUAGCAGAACAAUGAAGUUUGUGAAGUCUCUUUUGAUAUUCAUGUCUCUUUUUCUGGUAAAAAAUGGUUCCCAGAACCUUUUUGAUUCAGUGAAUGCUGUUAUUCAGCCCAAUACAUUUCUUGUGAUCUUGGAACAAUUUUGGAUACCUAAUCUCAAGCUGAUCAUAGGUACCAUUGAGAUUAAGUUAACAUCAAUUGCUUCAACAAGACUUAUCUGUGAGUCUCCAGCCUUGUUGGAUCCUGCAGCUAGUAGGCUUUGGGGGAAAAUUGUGGACAGCAUUGUUACCCUUCUUUCACGGCCAGAGCAGGAUAGAAUUGAGGAGGAACCUGAAGUUCCAGAUUUUGGAGACAAUGUGGGUUAUGGUGCCACCUUUGUACAGUUAUACAAUGCUGGGAAGAAAGAGGAGGAUCCUUUGAGGGAUAUUAAGGACCCCAAACAAUUUUUGGUGGCUUCAUUGGCAAAUCUUUCUGCUCGUUCCCCUGGGAAGUACCCCCAAAUCAUCAGUGAAAAUGUUGACCCUGCAAAUCAAACUGCCUUGCUUCAGCUAUGCAGCUCAUAUAAUCUCUCAAUAGUUUGAGAAAUAAGCUAUCUAGAGAUUUUUGCUGACCAUAAGAAUGAAAUUUGGUUUGUCCAAUUUUGACACAACGGGGGUUGCUUGAUGUUGUCGUUGAGUGACUGCACAACCACACAUCCAUUGUCUGGAGGGUUUAUUUGUUGCCACAGUUUUGCAGGGUCUAGUUCAGGUUGCAUUUAUGAGGAGUUGACAUUAUCUCACAUUACAGUUGGUUGGUUCAGAAGGAGGGUUAUCAUCCGGUUUGCCAUCUUUCAGGAUCGAUCUUAUGUGCAAUGGUGUUGGCUUCUUUUGUCAUCAUAAAUAGGGUCAUGCUUAUACGAUUGUGGAAGGUGCACAUUGUAGUGAAGGUCUAUGGGGUUCACAGUUCAUCUUGAGUCUGGUUCAGUGUGCAUCUUGCAAACAAAUGAUUAUUGAGGUUAUUUGUGUUGCGGCGUGUACUUUUCCUCUAUUUUGCUUAAUUUCUUCUUUAUACAAGAGGGGGGUUUUCAUUCUAUUUAUGUGCUAUAAAAAUAUUUGGAAACCAAA